AUGAGUAAGCAUAAAUGGAAACAAUCAAAGCACAAGAAAUAUGCUCAAAUGGUUCGUGCUUUAGGUCCUGUCGUAAAUGAGCGCGAUCGACAGGAUUAUCAUAACCCGUCAGCAGCGCUUUUCCGCGACUUUACAAAUGAGCUGGUCGAUCGAUUUGAUUUGCAACCUGAUAUUGGCCCCGAUGGCAAGGUUCGUCCCUUACAAGAAUGGCUCGCAGAGGAGAAUUCGGAACUCGCAAAUGCGUCAGUAACUUUGUUACGAGCAGAUGUUUCUGAUAUUGAUUAUGGACUGAUGCAUUGCGAAUGCCUAGAUGGCUCCAUCGACCAUGAGGCGGAAGGAUUUGCUCUCACAACGACUGAUGGGUCACACAUUGCUGCAAAGUAUGUUGUCUCGGCUGUUGGGACUGGUGAUUGUCCUCUGAUACCAACGUGGGUGCGCAAUGCAUAUUCACAAGAUACCACAACGCAGCGCAAUAGCAACAAGUCCUCUUCUGGACAGGAAUUAACGAGCGCAUGCCCGCGUGACAAUUUAUGCCACGCAGACCCAAUGCAACGGUUAUCACGACCAUCAGUGGACAAAUACGAAGAACCGUCGCCGGAGAGCAUGGGAGAUGGAUGGGCACAUUCUUCCGCCAUAUCGGCACCCCAGUUCACGUUUCCCCCGCCAAAUGUGUCAGCCAAAAUCGAGCGUGGGCAGUCAACAACAGCGUUGGUAAUUGGUGGUGGCUUGACGUCUGCACAGCUUGCCGAUCUGUGUGUUCGACGAGGAUUCUCACGCGUUAUUCUUUUGUUACGUGGCUUUAUGAAGGUGAAGCCAUUUGACUUUAGUCUCGACUGGGUCGGAAAAUAUGCAAAUGCACAAAAAAUGCAGUUUUGGCAGACUGAGGAUCCCCAAAGUCGGAUGGACAUGAUUCAUCAAGGCCGAAGCGGUGGAAGCAUCAACCCUGUGUAUGCCAAGGUUCUGCUUCAACGUGCGCGUGACGGGCAGUUGGAAAUCCGCACCCACACUGAAGUGGAAGAUGCGCAUUGGGAUCCCGAGAAGGAGCGCUGGUCCUUGAUGCUGCAUCGCAGCUCAGACGCUCGUCCUGACUCACAGUUCAUGAACCACACCCAGAAAGCUGGUACUUCUGUUUCAUGCCUGGCGGACUACGUUGUCGUAGCGACCGGCACUGAUCUCGGCUUCAGGGAACUCCCUUUCAUGAAGACACUUCGGAGCAAAGCCCACGUGCCUGAGGUGCAUGGAAUUCCCAUCGUGAAGGAGGAUUUGCAAUACGGACCCUGGCCAUUGUUCUGUCUAGGUGCUUACUCAGCGAUCCAGAUUGGGCCUACGGCAUUCAAUCUCGGCGGCAUACGAGAGGGCGCUGAACGUGUGGCUACGCGGAUCCAAGACAUGGAGGAGAGAAACGUGCAUCCAGAGCAUCUGGAUCCAUUCAAACAUCGCAGCUCCAUCAACUCGUACGUGCACUUUUCGUAUGAUCGCCUUGACAUAGACGCGGCUGCUUAA